AUGACUCGCCGUUGUUCUCACUGCAACCAGAAUGGCCACAACUCACGUACAUGUCCGAAUCGCGGUGUUAAGCUCUUCGGUGUUCGUCUCACAGAAGGUUCGAUCCGGAAAAGCGCAAGUAUGGGCAAUCUCAGCCACUGCUCGGGCUCUGGAUUGGGCGGGCAUGGCGCAACCGGGUCUACCACUCCUGGCUCUCCCGGUGAUGGCUUGGACCACGGCGUCGGCGACGGUUACGCCUCCGAGGAUUUUGUUCCCGGCUCAUCCACUAGCCGCGAGCGAAAGAAAGGACAUCCAUGGACAGAAGAGGAACACAGGAUGUUCUUGAUGGGUCUGCAGAAGCUUGGAAAAGGCGAUUGGAGAGGUAUCUCAAGGAACUAUGUGACGACGAGGACACCUACACAAGUCGCAAGUCACGCUCAGAAGUACUUCAUCAGACAAUCCAAUGUGUCUCGCCGCAAGAGACGUUCUAGUCUCUUUGAUAUGGUUCCUGAUGAGCUAACAGACGUUCCGAUGGAUUCUCAAGAAAUGCAAUCAGAGAACCUUCCGUUGGAAACGGAAAUGCAGAGCACUGACUCUGUUCCAGCUCCACUGAUCGUUGAACCUGAAGAGUUUGAAUCCACCAACUCUAGCACGGAGGAGCUAGCUUCUGAUUCUUUCAGACCAGAAGACACCACCACCCAGCAGCAGCAGCAGCUACAACCACUCGGUUCGUUCCCUGUGCUAUAUCCGGCUUACUUCUCACCGUUCUACCCUUUCCCGUUAUGGUCUGCUGCGUAUGUGACCGAGCCGACGAAGGAGGAGACUCACGAGAUCCUCAGGCCAACAGCUGUGCACUCAAAAGCCGCACCCAUUAACGUGGAUCAACUUCUUGGUAUGUCUCAGCUCAGCCUUGGGGAGUCCAGCCAAAGCGGUGUAUCGGAACAGCCUCUAUCGCUGAGACUCGCUGGAGGGUCGUCCUCAAGGCAAUCAGCGUUUCAUCCCAAUCCAGCCAGUGGUGGUGGUGGUUCGGACAUGACUCAUGCUGUCUAA